AUGGCCCAGCCCCCGCCAGUAUCACCUCGAGCCGAAGAGCUCACCCCUCGCCAGCUCGCCGACGCGUGGAAGAAGCAGGGCGGCUUCGACCGCCUCCGCAAGCAGCUCCUCGGCGACUUCCUCCAGAGCCCCGAGAAGGACGCCCUCGUCGCCGAACUCGACGCGCUCCUCCCCACCCUCCUCUCGACCACGCCGUCCCUCGCCCGCACACCGCGCCAAACCCGCGUCGCCGAGACUGCGUCCCUCCUCGACAAGCGUGGCGCGCUGAACGCGCCCGUCCUGCGCCUCGAGAACCGUCUGCAGAGCGGCAAGGGCGUCGGCAAGACGGUCGAGCGGGAGCUCAAGCGCGCCAUGUGCGACGCAAAGGGCUUGCCGUACGUCGAGGACCCGGCAGAUCUGCUCGCCGAGAAGGAGGAGGUCGCCAAGAUCGAGCCGUCACCGGUGCGAGUUGAGCCCGAGCGCCCCUCGGGACCGAGAGACGAGGCGACACCAGCCAUCCCUAGACCAACACCUUCUGUGGACGUCGGCCACGAGUUCGCCAUGCCCUCUUCCGCGCCAACACACGCCAUCCACCCCUCGCCCGGACCGCUCGCGCCCGCGUCCUCGUCGUCCUCCACCCCCGCCGCCGCCGCCGUCGCACUUCCGCCAAGCUCUGCGCCCGCCGACGCGCCUCUCGCACAUCCUGUCGCUGCCGAGCGCACGCUGGAUGCGCCCAGCUCGCAGCAGCACGGCCUCGCGGGCCGAGCCGGGCACGAGGAGCGGCCGCCGUCGCUCUUCGUCGUGAGGAGCUCCGACGGCGCUCAGUUCGGGCUCGUGCCGGAUGACUUCGCCAACAUCUCGACCCUCGACGAGCUCCGGUUCAACCUCCUGUCGCCCCUCCUCUCGAUCCCGCCCGACUGCCUCAUCCUCAUGAACGAGGAGGGCUCGCCGCUCAACCGCGACGAGGCCGUCGCGCACCUCGCCCUCCUCGCGAGCGCCGCCAUCACGCCCACCACCUCGGCCGUUCUCGCCGCCGCACCGGCGCCCGCGCCGGGCCAGGGCAGCACGGCCGCGCUCGCGCGCAGCGUCGGGCGGCGAGGCGGCGAACGGCGCAUCUACGUGUUCGACCGCGAGCACCUCGACGCCGACCCGGACGAGGUGGCGAGCGCGCUCGCCAUCUCGGAGGAGCAGGUCCUCACCGAGCCGCCGCUUACCCCCGAGGACCCCCUCACGUCGCACCUCUCGCUCUCGCACCACAACCUCGCGACCCUGCGCGCCCUCAUCUCGUCCAUCCAGCUGCAGCACGCCUCUCUCGCCCUCGCCCUCUCAAACCUCCACCGCGUCAACACGGGCACGGCGUCGUCGUUCGCGCUCUUCCUCGAGGGCGCGCAGCCGACGCUCGAGCGGUACGAGGCCCUCCUCGGCGGGUGGGAGGCGGCCAUGGACGCCGUCGGCAAGGUCGGCGUCGUCGCGGGCUUGCUCAUGAGGGGCACGGGCGCGGCCGGCGCGAGCGUGACGAGUGCGGGGCAAGGACCGGGGCAGGGGCAGGGGCACGUGCGCGACGGCAGCUCGGGCAGCGCGGUCGCGGUUCGCGGCGGUGGUGGCGGGGCGGCAGGAGGGGAGGAAAAGCAGCGCGUGCUCGGCGACUACGUCUCGAGGGACAAGAUGCUCGCUGUGCGCGACGGGUGCGCAAAGGUGCUUGCUGAGCUCAAGAUGCGCGCCGAGAGCCUGCAGGCGACCCUGGACGAGGUGGUGGGUGCGACCCAGGCGGUCCAGGGCGAUCUCGAGGCGACAAGCGUCGACCUGCAAGAUCUCGAGGCGUGCGCUCACGACGCCGAGCAGGGUCACGUCCGCAUCGAGGAGCUCGUGCAGGCGGGAGAGCAUAUGACCGACCCGGUCCUCCUCUCGCAGUGCUUCGAGGAGCUCACCGUCUGCGACGCCGAGCACCGCGACCGCAUCCGCUUCCUCGUCGAGCGCAAGAACGCCAUGACCCGGUACCUGCUGCAGGAGAUGCAGAAGAUCUCGACCCUGCAGAGCGACAUCGCGACGAUGCCUGCCGAGCUCGGCGCCCUCGAUCACGACCUUCGAACCCGUACCGACAACUUCAAGCACCUCGCUCGUCUCGAGGACCUCAUCCCGGCGUACGUCGCGACCGUCGCCGAGGUCGUGCGCAGGCGAGAAUACGCCCGUCUUCUCGCCGACCAGUCGAGCACCCUGUCGACGACUUUCGCGCCCUUGUUCGACGCCGAGCGCUCUCGCCGCCAGCAGUACCGGCACGACUUCUCGGGCAAGCUGCCGUGGGAGGUGCGAGGGCUCAACGCCAAGACGGGCGACAUCGUGCCCGAGAUGGCGCUCGAUGUGCUCGACCGCGAGCAGGGCCUGCCAGAGCUCGGAAGGGAGACGCUCGACUCGCUCCAGCAGUCGUUCCAGGCGCUCGACGACGCCCUUGGCGACAGCGCCAAGCCCGACCAUCCGCUCCGCAAAGCGCUCGUCCUGCUCAAGUCGCUCGUCUCGGCCAUCGACGACCUCGGCGCCGACUUUGCGCACCUGUCGCUCGACGCACCUCCACCUCGGCCGCCAGCCGUCGAUCCCGCCCGCCUCGUCGAGCUCGAGACGCACGUCCGCGAGCUCGAAGAAGGCAAGGACGCCCUCGAGCGCCAGCUUCAGGCCGAGCGCUCGGCCCGCGAGGAGGAGAUCGCCCAGCUCGAGUCGCGCGCGUCGGCCGCCGAGAGCACGGCGUCGCAGGCCAGUACCGCACGUGCCCAGCUCGAGCGCGAGCGCGACGACGCCGAGGCGGCGCGCGCAGACGCCGCAGCUGCGCUCGUCACCGCCGAGGAGCGGCUCGCCGACGAGGCGGACCGACGCGACGCGGCCGAGCGCGAGGUGGCGAGCGCGAGGGCGGCCGAGCAGGAGCUCAAGAAGCAGUGGAGUGCGCUCGACGUGUCGCACACGCGGGUGCAGGGCGAGCUCGGUACGGCGCGCGUCGAGCUCGACCGCGUCCAGGCCGAGCUGGGCGAGCAGAGCGCGGUCGUCCGAGCGGCGCAUGAGUCGCAGCGCGAGCUCACGCUCGUCGUCGCCCAGAAGGACAAGCUCCUGCGGGACCAGCGCUCCGAGGCCGACCUCGACCGCGCCGUGCUCGAGAAGGAGGCCGACGAGCUGCGCAAGCGCCUCGCCGCUCGCGACAAGGACGUCGAGCUGGCGCAGGCCCGCACGAGGACGGUCGAGGACGUCGUCGAGGGCUUGCGCGAGCAGGUCGCGAGGUGGGAGAAGGUGGCCUUGGCCAAGGAGGAGGACGUCGACGCGGUCAAGCGCGAGAUCGAGGACGCGCGGCGCGACAAGGAGAAGGGCAUCGUCGACAUCCAGAAGGAGCUCGUGCGCAUGACGAGGCUUGCGCGCGAGGCCGUCACCAUCGCCGGCAAGAUGCGCGACGAGAACAACAACAUCGCCGUCGUCCUCAACACGCCGCCGCCGAGCAAGGGCGACGCCUCGGCCGCCGAGCUCGACAAGGCCGUCCAGAUCUCUACGCCGCCGCCGUUGCAACAGAACGAGACCGUGUCGUCGCCUGCGCCGCUCGACUACGCCUCGGGCGACCUCGACGAGCUCGUCGACGAGCUCCGGGCGUACAGCCACGACUCGCUCACCGACGCCGUCAAGAACAAGGUCGACAGCCUCACGAGCGUCACCAAGAAGUGGGUCAAGGAGGCAAAGGGUUACCGCGAGCGCGCGCACCGAGCGGCGAGCGGCGCCAACGACAAGAUCGCGUUCCGCAACUUCGCCAAGGGCGACCUCGCGCUAUUCCUGCCGACGCGCAACUCGGCCAUUCCCGUGUGGGCCGCGUUCAACGUCAGCUUCCCGCACCACUUCCUGAGCGCGACGGGCGUCGUCGCCGAGCAGAUGAAGACGCGCGAGUGGAUCGUCGCCCGCAUCACGUCGCUCACCGAGAAGGUCGUCGACGCCAAGGACCCGUCCACCAACCCGUACCUGCUCGCGGCCGGGACCAAGUACUUCACGCUCGAGGUCGAGCCGUGGAGCAGCAAGGACAGCUCGAGGGCGCGCCGCAGCUCGACCGCCGAGAAGAGCCGGAGCAGCAGCGACAAGAAGCCGAGCUCGCGCGACAAGGAGCAAGAUGCGCGCUCGUUCCGCAUGUCCGACUCGGCCGUACCGACAGCACGUUCCUUGAGCGCCGGCGAGUCGGUCGUCAUGGUCGACCGCCCGACUCAGGUGUCGCCCGCCUCGAUGCCCAAGCUCCGGCGCAGCGCGUCCGAGGGCGGCGCGCUCCCGCCCAACGCGACCGCGCUCGCCAAGAGCGAGUUUACCAUCGCCGAGGCCGACGAGGACGAGCCGACUGUGGCGCGCACGCCGUCGCCGCAGACGUUCCGGCAGUCGGUCCCGAGGUCGGCCGACCGGUACGACCUGUCGCGCUCGUCGCCCUCCGGUAUCGCGCGCGCCCUCGCCCUGUCGAACCCGUCCACGCCGACGGCGCUGCACCGGUCGGACCCUUUCACGCCCUCGCCGCCGCUGUCGACCAACCCGUUCGCCUCGACCUCCUCGCCUGUCCCCGAGUCGCCCUUGCGCAGCAGGCCGACCCCUCCUACGACCGACUACGACCCGUCACACCUUUCGACCGGCGCGGCGCCCGCCUUCCUGCCCUCGAGUGGACGCAAGACGUACUCGACCGGCGGCAGCAGCGCGCACGGGAGCGCGACCGAGCACAGCCCGCGCUACGUCCGCUCGCCACCGCGCGCAACUGCCGUACCGGCCAGCUCCUCUCGAGCUCCGCCGGUGCCGUCGACCGAGCUCCUGAGCGCGUCACCGCCGUCGACCUCGGCGUCGUCCGUCAACGUCCUGUCGCACCCUCGCUCGGCCAGCUCGGGCAGCAGCAUCCUCUCGUCGUCGCUGCAUCGUCGUGCGGCGUCGUCCACCUUCAGCCCUCUCGGCGCAAGCACGAGUCCGCCACCGCCGCUGCCGAGCGUCAAGGCGCCGUCGACGGCCGAGGCCCAGCUCACCGGCUCGCGCUGGAACCUGUUGCAGGAGGACCUCGCGCGCAGCAGCGCACCCUCGCCGGCCCCGACUACCGCCUCGAUGACGCUUGGUCGCAAGACGACCAAGGGCUGGCCCUCGGCCACGGCAACCGCGAGCGGGUCGUCGCCUUCGUCCUCGUCGCCGUCGCAAGGCUACGGCACGCCGCGCUCGCACGGCGAGCGCGCCCUCAGCACUUCGGCCGCGUCGUCGGCGUCCAUCUUCGACGUCCUGCGAGGUCGUCGGGCGAGCACGUCGCAGCCGCAGCGCAAGGACGUCGGCGCCGUGUCGGGCGCCGAAGGCGAGAUGCGCAAGCUUCUCGGGCAGCCUCCUUUCUGAGCGGCGCCUCCCAUCCCUUCCUCUCCUCCAUGUAGACUAGCCCUCUGUUUGUCGUACCCUUUCUGCCCAACCCUCUGCAAGUCUCCCUGUCGCUGUC